AUGGCAGGCGCCUGCGACAGGCCCCCCAACUUCCUCUCCCCUCCCGGAAGCCAGGCCCUGGCGCCUGCGCUGGGCAGCGCGGUCACUCUGAACUGCACGGCCUGGGUGGUCCCCGCGCCCCUCUGCCCGCUGCUCCUGGUCCAGUGGCUGAAGGACGGGCUGCCGCUGGGCAAUGGCAGCCACUAUGAGCUCCGUGAGGACUCCUGGGUCCAGGCCAACCGGUCAGAGGUGCUUGUGUCCAGUGUCCUGGGGGUCAACCUGACCAGUGCUGAGGACUACGGAGCCUUCACCUGCUGCAUCCAGAACGUCAGCUCCGCUUCCUUCACUCUCUGGAGGGCUGCCCCCGCAGGCCACUUGGCCGCCGUGCUGGCCGCCCUGCUGGUCCUGCUGGCCCUGCUGCUGGCCGCCCUGCUCUACCUGAAGUGCCGCCUGGACGUGCAGCUCUGGUACCAGAACGCCUACGGGGAGGUGGAGGUGAACGACGGGAAGCUGUACGACGCCUACGUCUCCUAUAGCGACAGCCCCGACGACCGCAAGUUUGUGAACUUCAUCCUGAAGCCGCAGCUGGAGCGCUGCCGGGGCUACAAGCUCUUCCUGGACGACCGCGACCUCCUGCCGCGGGCAGAGCCCUCGGCCGACCUCCUGGUGAACCUGAGCCGCUGCAGGCGCCUCAUCGUGGUGCUGUCAGACGCCUUCCUGGGGCGGCCCUGGUGCAGCCACAGCUUCCGGGAGGGCCUGUGCCGGCUGCUGGAGCUCACGCGCAGGCCCAUCUUCAUCACCUUCGAUGGCCCGCGGCGCGACCCCGCGCACCCCGCGCUGCACCUGCUGCACCAGCACCGCCACCUGGUGACCCUGCUGCGCUGGCGGCCCGGCUCCGUGACGCCGUCCUCGGACUUUUGGAAGGAGCUGCAGCUGGCGCUGCCGCGGAAGGUGCAGUACCGGGCGAUGGAGGGGGACCCCCAGACGCGGCUGCAGGAUGACAAGGACCCCAUGCUCAUCGUGCGGGGCCACGUCCCCGAGGGCCAGACCCUGGACCCCGAGCUGGACCCCGACCCCGAGGGGGACCUGGGUGUCCGCGGGCCGGUCUUUGGGGAGCCGUCGGCGCCGCCGCACCCCAGCCGGGCCUCGCUGGGAGAGGGCCGGGGCAGCGAGGUGGACGUCUCGGACCUCGGCUCCCGGAACUACGGCGCCCGCACAGACUUCUACUGCCUGGUGUCCGAGGAGGACAUGUAG